GCGCCCCGCAGGGUGGAGCACGGCCUCGCUGCACAGCCCAGGGAGGGUGCCGGGGCUCUGUCGCCCCGCGUGAAGCCAGGUCCCGCCCGGGCGCCAGGGGUCUCCGACAGCAGCCAGGCCUCUCCCGCGGCCUCGGGGUCUCCGGCGGGGCCCUGCGCGUCCGAGUGGCGCUGUAGCGCGCCUGGCCACGCUCCUUCCCGCCCCGCCUCCGGCCGCCGCCCUCAAGGCCUCGCCGGGGUGAGCUCGCUGCCACCGGGAGUCCGCGUCGCCGCCGCUUCACUGCCGAGCCCCGUGACCAGAUUAUCUUAGGAAGAAAAACAACAGGAAAAAUGAAGUUCCUUGUCUUUAUAUUUGUUGGUUUUCACAUUUUAUCCCUGGGCUCUGGGAAAUCUAUAUACAAGAAUGGCAUCACUCAGAGAACUUUUCAAGAUAUAAAAGAAGAAAUAACCAGCUAUGAAGAUGUUGCUAAAGCAAUUAUCAACCUUGCUGUUUAUGGUAAAUCCCAGAACCGGUCCUAUGAGAGGUUAGAACUUCUGGUUGAUACUGUUGGACCCAGACUAAGUGGGUCCAAGAACCUGGAGAAAGCCAUCCAAAUUAUGUACCAAAACCUGAAGCAAGAUGGACUGGAAAAUGUCCACCUGGAACCAGUCAAAGUACCCCACUGGGAGAGGGGAGAAGAAUCUGCUGUGAUGCUGGCACCAAGAAUUCACAAGAUGGCUAUUUUGGGUCUUGGCAGCAGCAUUGGAACUCCCCCAGAAGGCAUCACAGCAGAAGUUCUAGUAGUGACUUCUUUUGACGAACUACAGAGAAGGGCCCCAGAAGCAAGAGGGAAGAUUGUUGUUUAUAACCAGCCUUAUGUCAGCUAUGGGAUGACAGUGCAAUAUCGGGUACGGGGUGCUGCAGAAGCUGCCAAGGUGGGGGCCGUGGCAUCCCUCAUCCGAUCAGUGACAUCACUCUCCAUCUACAGGUGGGUCAUCGUGUUUAUAUGA